AUGAUCAGCGUCAAGUCAAGAAUCCCAUCAUUUCCACUGCAGCCAGCCCUUCUCACCCCCUCCCUGCCCAAACCCCAAAGCAGAGAAACCAACCCUCCUGUUCCCUGCAGAGGGCUGGAUUUCUGGAACCUUGCACUGAAGCAGCAGCCAGGUAGGGGACCCAUUUCUCUGAGACCUUCUUUCCCCACACCCCGCCACAUCCCUAACAAUAAUUCGGAGCCCAGUACCUUGGACUCCCAGUCUUCGACCACCUUGUUUCUCUCCUCGGAGGAGCCAGGCCCCUCCACCGCUGCCCUGCCGUCUCCCUCCUCCUCUUCCUGCGAGCCCCAGGCCUUUUCCCCAGGCCCACCAGUGCUGCCCCCGCUACUGCCUCCGCUCCCCUCAGCCUCGGCGCCCCUGGGCUCCGGCGCCUCCCGGCGCACAGGCCUCUACUCAGUCGUCGCCUCCUCCCCGGAGACCUCCACGCGUCUGGUCGACUGGCUUCCCGGCUGCCCCUCGACCACCUCUCCCGGCACACGCGGAGAUGACAAGGAGCGGCCCCUGCCCGUCCUGGCACCGGCCGAGGGCCCGGAAAGGAGCCGCGCCCCGCGCUCCAGCACAGCGGGCAGGGAGGAGGGCACCGUGGACGCGAGUACAUCCCCGCCGCCCCGCGCCCGGCCCGCCGCUGUGGCGAGCUUGGAGGCCCACGUCGGAGACAUCCUGGUGGAGCUGCGGACCAUGAACGGCCACCUGGACAUCAUAGCACGGGCUCUCACCAAACUGGCUUCGUCCCUGGGGCCCCAGCCUGAGCCUCUGCUAGAUGCUCCGGAUGCCAACUAAUGGAGCUCGGCGAGGCUGGGCCGCCCCGGGGCCAAGGCUUCGCGUGCACCAGGCAUCCCUGCCUGUCUUUCCCCAGCAGCGAAGCUGCGCCCAUCGGAGGAGCGGUUGCUCUGCGCAACUGCCUAGGGGAACGCAUGGCCCUAGGGCUUCUACGUGAAACAGACCCGGUUGCGCCUCACACCCUCCUCCUCGGCUCUCUCACGGCGGUGCCUGCCCCGGCUUCCUGGCUCUUCACAUGCCCUUCUCUUGUCUUGAUCUCCUAGCAGAAAAAGUGCCUGGAGACGGCGGUGGCACCCUGCGAAGUAUGCUUAGAGAAACACUCUUUCACAUCCCAUUCCUGUGACUUCCGUGUGGCGUGGAGGGAGAGGAGCUCAAAGCAUGUCACCAAAGCAGCAGCGAGGCCAGCUCCAGCCUUCCUCCCCGGCGGCGUUGGUGGGGCAUCCAUCUCUGGUGACGUUCACAAGAGAAGAAUUGAUGGCCCAAAGUGACUGUCCUGCCCUGUGAUCUGCCCUUUAGCUGAAGAAACAGCAAAACUGGCAUCGACUGCAGCAAGUGGGAGCAUCAACUUUUUAUUCAUUUGUUGAUUUGAACAGUAUUUCAUUCUGAUUUUAACUGACUUCUUUUGCAUUAGAUUAAAAACAAUGAUAAAAGACUGAAAUCUUUCAAGAACAAAGAGGAGCUGGCCUAUAAAUCCUAAAUACAGAUAUAGUGACUGAACCCAUCUAGGUAGCUUAUGAAUAUAAAACUCACCUAAAGUUUCAUCCACCCCUAAGAGAUAACCACUGUUAAUAUUUUGGCAACUACUCUUCGAAACAUUUGUGUCUAAACACAAAUACCUAUGCGUAUGCAAUUUUACUUCACUGUGAUCGUAGUAGGUCUGCUGUUCUGUAGCCUGUUUUUUUUUUUUAAAUCUUGAUAAUAGAUGAUAGAAAUCUUUUCACUUAAAAAACAAUGUGAUAUGUGAAGCAAAAUUUGCUUAACCAUUUUUUUAUUUAUGCUUCUGAUUUGUCACUAUUAUAUGCAAUUCUGUAAUGAAUCUAUCUGAGCAUACAUGUUUUUACUCUUCUGUAAUUAUGCUGUGUAAGUAAAUUCCUAGAGGUAUGAUUGCUCGGUCCAAGGGCAUACACUCCUAACUUCUUUUUUUAGUGCUGCUGUGGCUUCACCAAAGUUCAAAAAGGGGGAAGUGAAUGAAUGGUAGGAGGAACACUGGGAUCUUGGGGUGGCUCCAUUUAAAAACUUUGAAAAAGGGAAAUAAAAACAAAGCUAUCUUCUGAAGAUUAAACUUUAAAAUCAGCACACAGCAGGCCAAAACAGAGAUGUGCAAAACCAUGCUGAAGAGAUGGGUCAUGGUCACUCAGGUGGUGUGUGAGUCCGGUCAGGAAACAGAAGCUCUCCUGGUUUUUCACACUGAGGGGGUCUAAUUGAGGAAUCAGAAACUGGGUGAUGGAAGGACUGGAGGAGCAGUGGCAGUCAGGUAAGGUUAUCCGAAGACUAGCGGCUGCAGGAAAGCACCACCAGCUGUGGACUGGAGGAGCCAAGGGGGAACGUCUCCUUGGAAACCAGAAUCGCUGUGAUUCCAAGCCAUGGCUGUAGAACUGAGCUGCUUCAGCAGGAAGCCAAGAGCAGCACUGCUAGGCCAAAGCCCCUGCCACUGCAGCCACUGCCACUGCCACCCUUGGGUGUCAAUAGCAGUGUCAUAACUGCCUGAGACCCCACCAGAGGCCAGCAGGGAGGAACCAUCCAAGGUUUUGGCAGUGCCUCCUCUUCACAGAACCUCACUGAAAGCCUGUUGGAGGGCGUCUGGGAAAUGCAGCGUGUGGAGGUUCACUGUGCUAUGCUAGAGCAGAGCAAACAAGGCUGGGAACGCAGCUAACAGCGAGGAGGCAAAUGAUCAGUGCAAGUAGUACCGUGGGUCAAAGCAGUGGGAUAGCUAAAGAGAGCAACUGUCAGUCAGAGAAGGAGCAUAGCAGCCACGGAGGCAGUGAAGAUGGGGCACCACAGAGUGACAUGGGCAGUGCUCAUGCCAGCAGAGGUGGGCUUGGCUCUCUGGAACUAGCCACAGGAAGAACCCUGUGGUGACCGCCGCCCUUUGGCUCUCAGUCUAUGCCACGAGAACAUGCUAUGGGAGACUGGCCCGGAGAAGUGGCUCUGCUGCAGAGCACAGACAGAUGGGGUUUCUGAACCUUCUUGGUGGAGUGCUAGGCCCUGGGCAAGGGCAGGCUAACCAGUGUGCAUUGCCAUUCUGGGAGACAGGAAGCCAGCCUGUCCAUAAGACAGAUAAGUCUUAGUCUUUUUGUGCUGCUAUAACAAAAUACCUGAGACUGGGCAAUUUAUAAACAACAGAAAUUUAUUUCCUAACAGUUCUGGGGGCUGGGAAGAUGGAGGAUCCUGCACGUUCAGUGUCUGGUAAGGACUUGGUCUCUGCUUCCAAGAUGACCCCCCUUGUUUCAUCCUCACAUGGCAGAAGGUGAACGGGCACAAGGAAAAACAUCUUGCCAAUUCCCUCUAGCCCUUUAUAAGGGCAGAGCCCUCAUGGUUUAAUCACUUCCCAGAAAGCCCCACCUUUUAAUACUAUCACAUAGAGUCUUAGGUUCCAAUAUAUGUAUUUUGGAGACACAGACAUUCAAACCAUAGCCACAUACCUCCCAGGGACUGGCCCUUGGCUGUCUUCCUUUACCAAAAGGACAUCUGCACAAGUAUUUAUUGGGUUCCUAUCAGGUCCCUGCCCUGUGCUAUGUGCUUUACAUACAGGAUCUCAUUAAUUCCUUGCAGUAACCCAGUGUGCAAGGUUGGGAGGUAGGGCCUAUCACUCCCAUUUCACUGAUCAGGAAACUGAGGCACAAAAAGGUCAAGUGACUUGCCCAUGGUCAUAUAGCUGGUACCGAACAGAGACAGGAUCUGUUUGUCUCCAGGGCCCUGGCUGUACCACCACCUGGGACUGCCUUUAAGUUGGACUUCCUCUUGGUAGUAGGUCAAAGCCCUGGGACUGUUGAGCUGCCUUUGGCUAGUGGGUCUCCCCCGGGUGGUGGCAAAGUUGUUCUCUGGAAGUAAUAGGUCUCUGAAAAAUGAGAAAAUGCCAGGAAACUAGAGCAGAAAGCUGGAAAACAAGGAACCUUACCAAUACCCUCAUCCCCCAUCAGCCACAGCAUUAGUGUCGUGCGGGGAGGGAGAAAGAAGGUGCUGAAGCAGAGGACAAGGUGCAGGAAAGAGGAGGAGAGAAGCCAGCAGGCUAUCCAACUUGAUGGCUCUGAGGCACCAAUGAGCCCUAGGCCCUUUAAGAUCAAUGUUAUUAAUCACGUUCCAUGUACAAGGUGACUUGGCUGUUACUGUAUGUUAUCACCCUUUUCUCUCGUCCCCUUAGACCAGCUGACUUCGACAAUCAACUCUGCAUGAGAACUAGAAAAUGUGAAGAUUUCUAUAUGUCUCUAUGGUGACUGUAUUAGUAUCCCAAAGUCCAAGGGCAUUUGCUACUGAAUUAUUACUA